CUACCUCCUCCCCCCUCCCCACACACCACAGAGCCCUUCCCAUUGGCUCACCCCUGUCCACGUGACACCUCCAGGCUCUCUCCGCUGCUGUAUCCCUGGCUCGGGGUGUGGCUCCUAAGCGACGAUCGCCUCCUGCCGUGAUCCUUCAGCCUCGCAGCGUGCACGGAACCCGCCAGCAUCUACAGGUACACACACUAUACAGACAAUGGCCAGCACCGGCCUCCAGCUCCUCGGCGUCUCCAUGGGCGUCAUCGGCCUCCUGGGCGCUGUCGUUUGCUGCGCCCUGCCCAUGUGGCGGGUGUCCGCCUUCAUCGGCAACAACAUCGUGGUGGCUCAGACCGUCUGGGAGGGCCUCUGGAUGAACUGCGUGGUCCAGAGCACGGGCCAGAUGCAGUGCAAGGUCUACGACUCGAUGCUGGCCCUGGGGCAGGACCUGCAGGCCGCGAGAGCCCUGACGGUGGUGGCCGUGGUCUCGGCCGCGGCGGCCCUCCUCGUGGCCAUCGCGGGGGCCAAGUGCACCACGUGCAUCGAGGAGGAGGAGACCAAGGCGCGCGUGUCGAUAGCGGCGGGCGCGGGAUUCGUGCUGGCGGGCCUCCUGGAGCUCGUGCCCGUGUCCUGGUCGGCCAACUCGGUCGUCCGCGACUUCUACAACCCGCUGGUGCCCGACUCGACCAAGCGCGAGAUCGGCGCCGCCAUGUUCAUCGGCUGGGCCGCGGCCACGCUGCUUGUGCUCGGCGGGGCGCUGCUCUGCUGCUCGUGCCCGCCCAAGCAGAGGAAAUACGCGGCGCCGCCGAAAGGGGGCGGUGGAGGAGGAGGCGGUGGUGGAGGUGGAGGCGGUGGUGCACCGCGGAGUAAUUAUGUUUAGUUGUGGGGUGGUGGUGAAGGUUGGUGGUGAGGGUGGAGGUGGUGGUGGUGGUGGUGGUGGUGAAGGUUGAGG